AGGAGGCCUGAGUCCAGGGAGAGCGGCCCGGUUGAUGAUGAUGUUGGGGUUGAUGGUGAUGAUGAUGAUGUUGGGGUUGAUGGAUGAUGAUGAUGAUGGAGCAGGGCAGCCCUCGGCGAGGCCCGUGGUGCCCGGAGUCGUCUACCUGAGCCGCAUCCCGCCCCGCCUGCGCGUCAAGCACGUGCGGCAGCUGCUGAGCCGCCACGGCGAGCUGGGCAGAAUAUUCCUGCAGCCAGAGGACAAACACACGAGGAAGGUGCGGAAGAAGAUCUCGCGCUCCAACGCGCGCAGCUACACGGAGGGCUGGGUGGAGUUCGUGGACAAGAGGAAAGCCAAGCUCGCGGCCAUCAUGCUCAACAACAACCGCAUCACGACGCGCAAGCGCAGCCGCUUCUACGACGACCUGUGGAGCCUUAAGUAUCUGCACCGCUUCCGCUGGGCGCACCUGAGCGAGCGGCUGGCGUACGAGCGCACGGUGCGCAACCAGCGUCUGCGCACGGAGAUCGCGCAGGCCAAGAAGGAGACGGGCUUCUAUGUCGCCAACGUGGAGCGCAGCGCCACGCUCGGGCGCCUAGCCGAGCGACGCAAGAAGCAGGCCGCCACCGCCGCCGCUCGAGACGGUGGGACAACCGCGGGGCAGGCCGCGGGGGAGGUUGAGGAGGAACCCAUGUGGGGCUUCCGGCAGCGCAGGACGGAGGGGGAGAUCCAGGAGCAGAAGAAAAAGAGGGCGGCCGUGGCUGCGACGGCCUCCUCCAAGAAGGUCCAACGCUCCAAGCAGAAAGCGAGCAGAAUCGCGCAGGAGAGCAAGUCCAACCGCGAGCUUCUCGCCAAGAUCUUUCAGGGCUCGGUCGAUGGGCAGAGCUGAGCCCAUGGCUGAAAAGCAGAACUCUUUGUUUAAGUUGUGUGUGUUCAAUUUGCCAGUUACAUUUUCGAAUAAAUGACCAUUUUAGUACAAUGUGUGAACCCAUUGUUGAGUCGCUGUCUCACUUGAAAUAUCUUCAUUCACACCUUCGCCAUAACGUUAGUUUUCUUUUGUCUGCCGUAUUAUUCUACCUAAUUCCCUCUAAAAUGAUGAAAGAAACAACGGAGAUCGAAUGAAACAGUUUUCUAUCAACCAGUAAAAAUGUAUGAUUGCAAAUGAGCUUAACUGAGUUGGGCUCAACAAAAUAAUUGUUGGAGGGAUACGACUGUAAAAUUCAAUAGAACGUCCUGAGCCAUGGUCAGUCCAGGGUGUUAGUAUACUUACGUUAAACCUGGUUGUUGUAGGUCAUCACCGAUACACACUCCAACUAGGUAACCUUUAAAAUCCAUCCUGUGUCGGGCACUUAAGGAACAACUCAUAAAAAAUUUCUGCCAGCGUGGGACUUUUCCCCCUCCCCCAUCUCUGGGGUAAGCCCCUCAACCCUAACCUUAGUGGGACCAUAAUACGGGGCAGUGACGUGGGCCAUUUGUUUGGGAGAAUUUCGCGGUUUGAAUCCGACGACCCGCCCUGCUUCGUGUUGCAGGUGUAUUCACCAUGCGCCACAUAGUGGACGUGAAUUAAUCUGGCGGUGAUGUCAUUCGAACAAUUGGGACACUGCGCCUGCGUCAUGGUGCAAAUUUGCCAAGAAUGUUCUCGUUUUUAAUUUGGGUUCUGAAAAAUCCCACGCUGUCGACUACUUGAGAAUGUACUACUAUACUAUUAUCACUUGAGAAUGUCUUUAUCGACCACUUUAGAGUGAUCGAUUGCGUAUUGAUAAUUUAGCUGCAGACUUUACCAAGAAAACAUAUCGCGAUGACACUUAUUCGUCUUGUAAAAAGAAAACUGGCUUUAAUGAUUUUGUAUUAAAUUUCCAUAUUUGAGAUAUUUACUAUCUGUCCCAAUUAUAUAGAUAUACGCAUGAUGUGACAGCUGUUAAUAAUUUAAAUAUGAUUCUGUGCUUUUCAAGCUAGUACAGUAUAGGUGGGCAGGUGUAAAAGCCAUUGACUGAUGCACAUUGAUCUGCUUGGCUUGUGAAAACACGUGCAUAAAAAAUUGCAAGUAACAAAAAUAUAUAUAUUUGCCCCCUUUUUAUCUGCAUAUCCUUUUAAGAUAUUGACCGCUCGUGCGAUAUGUUGCCAAGUAAUUUCGUGAAAUGUGCAGGGUUAUCCAAAUGGUGUGGGCUUACUAACACAUUCAUUACAUCGUAUCGAUUUGUGGCAUUGAUCCACGCUCAGACCGUCUGCUCUGAGCACACAUUUAAGCUCCGUCCAUUGGGGAUGUAUGUCCAUCAUUGCGAGACUUCUCAAUAUAGAGCACGGCUAAACAAUUCUCAUUGGAGCUGGCUCGGUAGCCCCUCGAGCUGUUUCUCACAUCACAGCAGUGAGUCUGGGUUUCAAGUCACUGGACAGCCGAGAUAAAAGGCUCUCGGUUGUAUUGAAUUGAUGGUCUCAGCACAGCAACCAACAGCAAGCCAAGCUCUGAGUUGUCUCAGCAUAUAGGCAGAGAGAAAACGAGUUGCUCAUUUACACAUCUAAAGAAUUCACAGACGUGGUUGAAUAAAAUAGAUCCUUAACACCCUGGUAAAGAAUUCCAGUGUCGUGGUCCAAUUAAGUUUUAUCCUCCCAGACCAGGGGUCGGUAACCAAAAUAACAAGAAGAGCCAUUUCUUUCCAAUUCGGUACAAAAUUCAGUAUUUCAAGAGCCGCAUGCGGCUCCAGAGCCGUAGGUUGCCGACCCCUGUCCCAGACCAAUUCAAGGCAAGUUUGUUUCAUUCUAACCAUCUUUCAUAUAACCCUUCAUUUUUGUUUAGUUUUAGAUUUAAAUUUAAUUUCACGUUAUUAGCGUGAGGCCCAAAUCACGGCCUUUGUCCUGAUUUGCCCACACCACCGUUUUACAUGUCACGUUGCUGUAAAUGUCUUAUAAAUCCUCUGCAAAGCAAUACAGUCACCUCCAAUUAUUCUCAAAGUUACGUUUUUCAGAAUGAAUCCCUUAUGCUGGGUGAACUCUGCAAACCACAACACGCGGGAGCAGUUCCAUCAGGAUUACGUGGCCGAGACAGCGGCCCUCAAAUCUGCUACUUCAUCUUGCCCCAAAAUAAGAUUGAUUCCAUCACGGCCGCGAUUGAGAAGCACUCAGCGGAGAUCGUGGAACUUCAUGAAAUGAUUGAUUGUGGAGAUUCAAUAAGGCUCUGGAGAGAUGCCCUGGAAGCUGCUGACGAAGCUGUCAACGGACUGGAUCCAACUCGUCCAAGGUCCAACGUAUAUCAAAAGGCACAUCUCGACUAUUUCAGAUUUAUCCUGGAGGAAUCCGAUGAGCUAUGAAGCUCUUUUUAACAGCUAUCCAGUCGACUUGUCCUUUUCCAUCAUUACGUGUCAUCACAUGAUAGAAAUACCUUUUGCGGCACACGAAGAUGCCACGAUUAUUGUAAUCAAUUUGUUUUCCAUAGAGCUUCCUUUAUGUCCGGAGCAACUCAAGAAUGCUUUUACAUGCAACCGUGCAGAGAAGUGGAUGUCCCCCUUUGCCACUUUCUGAGAACAUCUCAGGAAGACGAAUCGCCAAGGUUUAGAUCGAGGACAAACACCGUCCCACAAACUCGCCUACGCACGCUGGUGUAGCCGGUGUGAGCGUAUAAUUGUGCACUCCGUAGUCUAUGGGAACCGAAUAAAUCAUUUUGCACAGCUCCGGGUAACCAGGUGCGUUGUUUUUUUAUUGUAAGUCGAAGUUAAUUUCAAUGGUGAUCAGAGAUUGGACCCGAGCCCCCCACAACAGAGUAAGAGGCACGUC